AUGUUCUUCUUAAAAGACUUGUCAUUAAAUUUAACUUUACAUCCAUCUUUUUUUGGACCACAAAUGGACCAGUAUUUAAGAGAGAAACUAUUAAGUGAUGUAGAGGGAACAUGUACGGGUCAAUUUGGAUAUAUUGUGUGUGUUUUGGAUUCAAUGAAUAUAGAUGUUGGUAAGGGAAGAAUAAUUCCAAGUACUGGGAUGGCCGAGUUUGAAGUCAAAUAUAGAGCUGUUGUAUGGAAACCAUUUAAAGGUGAAGUGGUGGAUGCAGUUGUCACCACCGUCAAUAAAAUGGGAUUUUUCGCUGAUGUUGGUCCAUUAUCAGUGUUUGUUAGUACACACUUGAUACCUUCAGAUAUGAAAUUCAAUCCAUCAGCAAAUCCUCCCGCCUACGUGAGUCCUGAUGAAAAUAUUGAAAAAGGAUCGAGGGUUAGAUUGAAGAUUGUUGGUACAAGGACUGAUGUCAAUGAGAUCUACGCAAUAGGAAGUAUAAAGGAAGACUAUUUGGGACCAAGUCCUAUGUAA